CCUGUAAAUAUCUUCUUUCCGCUUCUCAAUUUCAAUGUUAUGAUUAGAUAAAGACUAGAUUUGAUUAACAACUAACAUUUCAAUACUUUAAGAUCUAGAUUUAUAUUGAUGUUGACACCGUUCUGUCUACAUAUAUAAAAAAUCACAGAGCACUUGAUUGGUUAUAAGGUAACGAAAACUACAGGACAGUGAACAAAAUGAGAAUAAGUUCUAAAAGGUUCCAACAUCUCUGAAGAAUGGGUCCCCCAAGAUGAUUCUACAAAUUUGUUGUUGGAAAUGGGAUGCAUUUCAAGUAAAAAGCAGUCAGGAGAGCUAUCACCAAAUCCAACUAAACCGUCAAGAGUAGUUAUACAUGAAAAAGUCAUUGUUUCUAAUGAAAUAAUAGUCACUCGUGAAGUCCCUGCCACUGAAACUGGGGAAGUCACAGAGGAUAACUCACCAGAGACCAAAUCAGCAGAUGAAUUUCAGUCAAGCUCUAAGUCCAGCGAUGGUUCUGUGGACACGGUCCGGCAAAAGUGGGAGAGCAAAAUGAAAGACGCCCCUGAGAAAUCACCACCGCUCAAACCGAUCGACAGGAUACGCCAGGAAGCGCUAGAAGCACAUAACAAAUACAGACAGAUGCACGGUUCUCCGCCUCUGGAGCUCAGCUCGGAGCUGAACAGGAUGGCUCAACAGUGGGCGGAACACCUAGCAGUGACGACUUCAUUUGAACACAGCCCCAAGGAGAAAAGGGAGGGAACUGGAGAGAACCUGGCAGCACAUACAGAUAUUAUUACUGGUGAUCAGGUGACGGACAUGUGGUACAACGAAAUAGAGGAUUAUGAUUUUUCUCAGCCUGGAUUCAAACUUGGAACAGGUCACUUUACCCAGUUGAUUUGGCGGAACACAACGCACAUGGGCCUCGGCAUGUCCUCCCAGACUGCCAGAGACGGCAUGUACCGCUUCGUGGCUAACUAUAGGCCCUCGGGUAACUGGAAGGGCGAGUUCCAAGAAAAUGUGCUCCCCAGAAUCACUAAUCACUGAUUGCGGUUUAUAAACAAGACUACAGACGAAAACGCAUUACCUCAUUUUAAUCAAUGACAUAUUGUUUAAACUAGAGAUUUAAUUAGCACUUUACGUCUGCUCACACAUUUAGUUAUUAAAGUGUUGGAAUUCACAAUAUAUACUAGGUCUAAAAAGACGUAGGACAUGUUCACAUCAUAUAAUGUUCAUAUCAUGUUCAUAUCACGUUCAUAUCAUGUUCAUAUCAUGUUCAUAUCAUGUUCAUAUGUUAUUACCUUGUUCAUACCUUGUUCAUGUUCAUAUCAUGUUCAUAUCAUGUUCAUAUCAUGUUCAUAUGUUCUUAACUUGUUCUUACCUUGUUCAUACCUUGUUCAUAUCAUGUUAAUACCAUGUUCAUAUCAUGAUCAUAUCAUGCUCAUAUGUUCUUACCUUGUUCAUACCAUGUUCAUAUCAGGUUCAUAUCAUGUUCAUAUCAUGUUCAUAUUAUGUUCAUAUGUUCUUACCUUGAUUAUACCAUGCUCAUAUCCUAUAUUUCUAUGCAUGCUUUUAUGGUGUAUGUUACAAUCAUAUUGAAAAUGAAUUAUUAAAAUUAUGCCCAGUACUAAAAUAAUAAAA